AGGAGAUGACCGCUGACCACUGCUGCCAAUCGGCUCCCUGCCGCUCUCGGCGCCCCACUGUGGGCCAAACAAGCCUACUAUAUUGUUCAUUCUCUUCAGAAAUGAGCUUUGGAUUCAACUCUUAUGACAAAGUGCGCCCACAGCGGUAUGUCAGAAAAUAGUAAUUAAGGUUCGAUAUUAAUAACAAAACCACCUUCCAGUUUGAAACGCGUAAUUCCCUCCAAAGUUUGCAUCGCUUUUGGCGGUUUUACUUCCUCAUUCCGGGGCGCCUCCACUUGACAGACGUCUAACAACAGCCAAUCGGAGAGCGCUUUUUUGAACGAUGGUCUGAGCUCGCCCUCCUAUUGGCUUGUGAAGACAUGAGGGUUUGUUUAUGUGCCUAAAGAGGCGGAGCCACGCAUAUAAAUGCAAUGCCGCACGGUGAGUAAGGCAGCAGUUCGUAGGAGAGUCGCGAGUGGUGCGUGGAGUCCGGAUCAGCUUAGUGUGCCGUUAAGGGUGUUUCACCGGAUGACAAUGAAGGCGAUGAGCCCCGUGCGGUCCGUCCGGAGCUGUUACGAGGCUGUGUGCUGCGUCUCGCAGCAGAGCGUCGCUAUCUCUCGCGGGAAGGGCGCCGUGGACGAGCCCGGCGGCGCGCUCUGCGACAUGAACCUGUGCUACUCGAGGCUGAAGGAGCUCGUGCCCAGUAUCCCGCAGAACCGCUCCGUGAGCCAGGUGGAGAUCCUGCAGCACGUUAUCGACUACAUCCUGGACCUGCAGACGGCGCUGGAGGCGGCGUCCCCGGAGCCUGCGGGACCAGAGGUGGUCCUGUCCCUCCAGACAGCGGACAUGGCGCGUCACUUCCCCAGAGAGGACGGCGGCCUGUGCCACUAGCCGGGCUGUGACCUCCACAUGGUGCGAGAACACAUGGCUUCACUUGAGAGGGACACACAAGGAGGAUGGAGUGCCCCUCUUGCAGAGGAAGGUAUCUGGAUGUGGGUUUGACCUGCGAACUGAGACCUCAAGACGCUUUGACACCAAAGCACAGGAGAAGAGCUCAUCUCCAUCAAGUGCCCCUUUGACGUUUGAUGCUCUCUGCCCGUGUCCUCCUCUUUCUUGUGUUUGGGAUGUUGAGGUGAACAUUCUUGUACAUAGUUAAUGAUGACUGUGGGUUGGGCGGGGGGUUGACUGGAACUCCAUCGUACGAGUUUAUUGCAGAUGUUUGUGGGGAUUGUGGAAUUUCUACAGACAACUUUAAUUGCCAGGUUUUAUAAACCUUUUAUAAAAGUUUUGCUUUUAUGUGUACCUUUUAUACCUGCUGAAAUAAAGAGGGCUGAAGGA